AAAAUCUACCAAGAUCCAAAGUUUGAAGGCAAUGGAGGAUGGCAUAGGUCUCUGAAGUCACCAAGCACCUGCCCCCCUGCUUUUUUUUGUGUUCUCUGUACCAUUACCAGCCCGAUCACCAUGUCCAACAUACUGCGUGUUGCGGGGACCCUUCUCCCUGCAGACGUGCAAUGCCGGAGGUUUGUGGCGGCUAACAGGUAUGACCUGGCCGAGACGGGGUACGGCCGCGCCCUUCUGGCCGCCAUGUCUGAUAUGGACAGGCUGCAGGAAGUGGAGGUACUGAAGAGCCUGGGAGACUUGAACGUGGAGAAAGGAAGACCCCACAAGACCGAAGCUCCGCGGAACUUGGAGCGGGGCCUGAACCUGUACAGGGCCGCGCUGCGCCGGUUUGAGGACCCGGGGGAAGGCGAGUCUCUCCAACAUAGGGUCAAACUCGCCGAGAAACUCAGGCAGAAAACGCCCAUAACUGGAUCAACCAGGAACCUAAGCAUUAAUUCUGUUGCAAGAGCUUCAGAAGUCUUUCAAGACUUGGACAGGAAACGGGCGAAUGGUGGCCAUAUGGACUCCAUCUUAAGUGGCUACACGAAGGUUCUUGUGGAAGGAAUAGCGGAGGGGAACAAUCUGUUAGAAGUAGAGGCUAUAAAAAGUCUCGGAGACGUGAACCUUAAGAGAGGAAGAGACUUAAAGGAGCUCAGACACUUGACCAAGGCCACAGCCCUGUACAGCACAGCCCUGGAGCGAUGUGACGAUCCACAUGGGAAAACCGUCCUCACACAUCGCUUACUGCACGCAGCAAAAGUCAGGAGAAACAUGGCGGACAGAAGGAGACGGAGAGGCAAAACGACAAACAAGUGGGAGUCACCUGAACCUACCAAGGUUACUUCGACAAUUCCUCAAGGUCAUAACGUCCCUACAGCAGAUGAUUCAAGGUAAGUGACGCAGUACGAGGAAUACUUGCAGAAAGGUGAGGAGGCUGUACAGAGGGGAGACCUGGACUCGGCAGAGAAGCACUUUGCAGCAGCGCUCAGGCUGGUACAUGUCAGAGGCUGUCAAACAGGAGACGGGGGAGACUUUGUCAAGGCAGCAGCACUCUACCAUGCAGCACUGACCAGGUCGAACAAGAGAGCCUCAAAACGCAAGCUUGGUAAAGCAGUUAAGGAAGCAGAGAAAAAGGCUCUUAAGUAUUGCCUAGCUAAAGAGACUUUUACUGAAAGCCUGCAAGGGGGUAACUCUCGUGAACACAAGGACCAGCUCAGUAAAAUCCGGGGCCAAAUCAAACAGGAGAUGGAAACCAUCGACAAAGAUCUGAACCCCUACAUACAUGACGAGGAAAGUCAGUUAGCAAGAGAGAUAGAAGCCAAGAGGGCUAAAGCUGUCAGACAGUUGUUUGAGAAAAUUGCUAAAGAAAGAAAAGAGUUCAUUGGGCAGCUAGUAGAUGAGUGUAUCUCAGUGAUGGGUCCCCCUCCCUGUAAGUAUGCCCUUAUGGGUUUGGGUUCACAGGCCACAGUACUGGUAACUCCAUACUCAGACCUGGAGUUUGCCAUCUUGGUAGAGGAGGAAAAUGAAGCAAAUGUCGCGUAUUUCCGUCGACUGACUCACUACCUGCACCUCAAAGUGGUCAACCUGGGAGAAACCAUUCUCCCAGCCCUGGAGAUAAAAAGUCUGAAUGAUUUCUCCUCAGAUGACCCACUUGACAACUGGUACUACGACUCUGUUACACCACGGGGGUUUGCCUUUGACGGCUCUAUGCCGAAAGCAAGCAAGACUCCACUGGGCAGGCAGGGAACUUCGACUGAACCACCCAGUGAACUCAUCCGCACACCAAAGAACAUGGCUGGAAUCUUGGAAAAGGAUGCCUCAGUGUAUCUGAAGGAAGGGUAUCACCUCGCCAGUGUUUUGCGGAAUGCUUGCUUGAUAGCAGGGGAGCAGGGUUUAGUUGAUGACUAUGCUGGCAUUGUUACAAAGACUCUGAAGGCUCGAGGUGGUGAAAUGGCUCAGCAACUGGCAAAGGCGACGAUACAUGAGAAUCUGGCAAACGCCGACGACCAGAGACCGACUGCCGUCCUUUUUGAUGUGAAGAAACAAAUCUACCGGUUUCCGUCUGUUGCUGUCGACUGUUUGGCACUCCGUUCGAAUAUUUUGCCAACUACAGUUUGGAACACGAUAGAAAACAUGAAGGACAAAAACGUUGUCAGUGCGGAAAACGCACAUCACCUGAAGGUUCUGGUCAGCAUCUCAGCAGAACUCAGACUCAGAACCUAUAUCGCAAACGGCGGCCAGAAGGAGAACAUGUCAGCCUUGUCGGAAAUGCCAGCAUCACCAGUCAACAGCGACCAGCAUACCAGUGAGUUACAGAAGGUGUUCUACAUUUCUGAUAUAAACCAGCUGUUGAGAUAUUACUUGACAGCAAUGCCUCUCCACCGCCUUCUGUCCAAUAAACCGUUUCCCCUUAAUCAAGAACGCCGGCUGAGAAGUAUACGAUUAUUUGAGAACUCUCCAGUAGUAAAAGGGGACAUGUACCGCUUGUUGGGCAAUAACAUGGAAGCUCUCAGGUGUUAUGGGAAGCUUUCUAAAUUAUAUGGUAUGAGAACAGCACAUCGCGAUAUUGCCACAUCAUUUCACAACAUAGGUUUAGUUUGGGCCAAUAAGGGUGAUUAUGAGAAAGCCAUCAGCUUCUAUGAUCAGAGCCUGAAAAUGAGGAACACUUUGUAUGGUCAGAAUACAGCCCAUCCUGACAUAGCGGUAUCUUUAACCGUGUUGGGAGAGGCCUGGCAUAAGCUUGGAAAACAUCAUAAGGCUAUCAAAUACAGAGAGUUAGCUCUGCAAAUUUUAAGGACGGUCUAUGGUCCAGAUAAACCACAUCCAGCCAUUGCUAUUACCCUCAAUAACCUGGGGACAACAUGGGGUAAACUGGGAGAUGGCGGUAAGGCAAUGACGUACUUUGAAGAGACUUUACAGAUGCAGAAAGCUAUACACGGCCCAGAACAUCCUGAAAUUACAGAACUUCUUAACAACAUGGGGGUGACUUGUACUAACCUUGGAAGUUAUCAGAAGGCACUGACCUACCUCAAGCAAUCAUUGGAGAUGUAUCGAAGUGUCUAUGGUCGGGAUGCGAAACACCCUAAGAUUGCUAGCACACUCAGUAACAUGGGAUAUGCCUGGCAGUGUCGAGGUGAUUACAGGAAAGCUGUUCAGUACUAUGGACAGGGACUGAAAAUGCAGAAGGCCAUCUAUGGUGAAAAUACACCCCAUGCAAACACUGCCACCUUCCUCAACAACUUGGGGAUUGCCUGGUGUAGCUUAGGCGAUUACUGGAAAGCUAAAGAAUACCAUGAACAGGCUCUGAAGAUGUACAAAGCUGUUUAUGGCGAAAACACACCACACCCCAAGAUUGUUAAAACGCUUAAGUCCUUGGUAUUCGUCUGGGAUAACCUAGGCGAUGAAAGACAAACCAUGUUCUACUUCACACAGGCAGCGCAGAUGCAAAAAAGUAUUUAUGACGUGCAAUGCCGGAGGUUUGUGGCGGCUAACAGGUAUGACCUGGCCGAGACGGGGUACGGCCGCGCCCUUCUGGCCGCCAUGUCUGAUAUGGACAGGCUGCAGGAAGUGGAGGUACUGAAGAGCCUGGGAGACUUGAACGUGGAGAAAGGAAGACUCCACAAGACCGAAGCUCCGCGGAACUUGGAGCGGGGCCUGAACCUGUACAGGGCCGCGCUGCUCCGGUGUGAGGACCCGGGGGAAGGCGAGUCUCUCCAACAUAGGGUCAAACUCGCCGAGAAACUCAGGCAGAAAACGCCCAUAGCUGGAUCAACCAGGAACGGAAGCAUUAAUUCUGUUGCAAGAGCUUCAGAAGUCUUUCAAGACUUGGACAGGAAACGGGCGAAUGGUGGCCAUAUGGACUCCAUCUUAAAUGGCUACACGAAGGUUCUUGUGGAAGGAAUAGCAGAGAGGAACGUUCUGUUAGAAGUAGAGGCUAUAAAAAGUCUCGGAGACGUGAACCUUAAGAGAGGAAAAGACUUAAAGAAUCCACAACACUUGACCAAGGCUACAGCCCUGUACAGCACAGCCCUGGAGCGAUGUGAUGAUCCACAUGGGAAAACCGUCCUCACACAUCGCUUACUGCGCGCAGCAAAAGUCAGGAAGGACAUGGCGGAAAGAAGGAGACGGGGCAUAAAGGCAAACAAAGGGUCUAGUUCUAAAGUGGCCAAGGACACAGCCCCAAAUAUUCCUCAGGGUAGCAGCCUCCCUACAGCAGAUAAUGCAAGGCAGUACGAGGAACACCUGCAGAAAGGAGAGGAGGCUGUACAGAGGGGAGACCUGGACUCAGCAGAGAAGCACUUUGCAGCAGCGCUCAGGCUUGUACAUGUCAGAGAUCCCACAACGCAACAGUAUGAAAAAGAGGUUUUACCCCUGCACAAGUUGGGCGAUGUCUACUGCAGGCGAGGCUGUCAAACAGGAGACGGGGGAGACUUUGUCAAGGCGGCAGCACUCUACCAUGCAGCACUGGCCAGGUCAAAAUUCAACAAUGAGAUCGUUCAAAAUGCAGUUGAGGAAACAGAAGCGCUUUUUGUCCAUCAUACCUUGAAGAUAGAUAAGAAAGGGAAUCCAGAUGAAACAAAGAAACACAAGAAACAACUGAAAGAAAUUCGGGACCGAAUCAAACUGGAGAUGGAAUCACUUGACGAGGAGGAGUUCCCCUUCAUGGAUGCUGAUGCUGAGGAAGAGGAGGAGGAGCAAGUUCAUGAGAAGGAAGCUGAGAGAGCUGACAAAGUAAGGCAGGUGUUUGAGAGUAUUGCUGAUGACAGAAAGAACUUUAUAACACAGUUAAUAAAUGAGUGUAUCUCAGUGAUGGGUCCCCCUCCAUGUAAGUAUGCCCUGAUAGGUUUGGGUUCACAGGCCACAGGACUGGUAACUCCAUACUCAGACCUAGAGUUUGCCAUCUUGGUAGAGGAGGAAAAUGAAGCAAAUGCCGCGUAUUUCCGUCGACUGACUCACUACCUGCACCUCAAAGUGGUCAACCUGGGAGAAACCAUCCUCCCGGCCUUGGGGAUCAAAAGUCUGAAUGACUUCUACUCAGAUAACCCACUUGACAACUGGUACUAUGACUCUGUUACACCUCGUGGGUUUGCAUUUGAUGGCUCCAUGCCAAAGGCAAGCAAGACUCCGCUGGGCAGGCAGGGAACUUCGACUGAACCACCAAGUGAACUAAUCCGCACACCGAUAAAUAUGGCCAGAGUCUUACAAACAGACUUUUCAGUGUACCUGAAGGCAGGGUAUCACCUCUGUAGCGUGCUGAGAAAUACUUGCCUGAUUGUCGGAGAGCAGACCUUGGUUAAUGACUAUGCCGCUAUCGUGGCUGAGACGCUGAAGGCUCGUGGAGGGGAAGUAGCUCAGCAGAUGGCCAGCGAGACGAUCCAUGAGAAUUGGGCAAGUCUUCAGGAAGACGACGUAUUCAAAGACGAGCUGUUGGAUGUAAAGAAAGAAAUCUACAGAUUCCCUGCAAUCGCAGUAGAUUGUUUGGCUCUCGGUUCCAAUAUCAUACCCACUACAGUUUGGCAAACAAUUGAAGACAUGGAAACUGAAGGGGUUGUCAGUGCCGAAAACGCGCACCACCUGAAGGUUCUGGUCAGCAUCUCAGCAGAACUCAGACUGAGGACCUACAUCGCAAACGGCGGCCAGAAGGAAAACAUGUCCGCCCUCCCGUCAAUGCCUACAUCACGGGACAACAGAGGUGAAACAAGCCAUCUCUUGCAAAAGGUGUUUCAUGUUUCCGAUAUGAAUCAGAUGUUCAGGUAUUUCUUCACAGCACGUCCUCUGAAGGCCUUCUUGUCAGAUGUACAAUUCCCGUUGCGCAAAAGCUCCCUGCCUCUACAGGAUUCUCUUCUGGAAAGCUGUCCAGUAAUGAAAGGUUUAAUUUAUCGUUACUUCGGUUAUCACAUGCAAACUAUCAGAUGCCAUGAAAAGGCUUUGAAUCUAUGCAAAGGUAAGGAAGAUUGGGAAACAGCGACAUCACUGUUUAACUUGGGAACAGAUUUGUUAUAUCAUGGAGAUCAUAGAAAAGCACUCAGUUACCUUGAACGAGCAAUACAGAUGUUCAAAGUAUGCGGUUCUUUUGAUGGUGAAGAUCCUCUUAUUGCUGAGUGUCUAAUAAAUCUAGGAAAGGUUUGGUAUGAAAUCUCGGACUAUAGAAAGGCAAUCAGCUACUUAGAGGACGGACUGGACAUGUAUAGGAAAGUUUAUGGCCGGAGAACAGCCCAGCGUGAUGUUGCCUUCGCUAUAGGAUUUCUGGGUACAACGUGGACGAAGCUUGGAGACCACAGAAAAGCACUCGACUAUCAUCAACAGGCAUAUGACAUGUAUUUGAGAGUCUAUGGUAAAGAGCAUCCUGAAGUUGCCAGUGCGCUAAGCAAUGUUGGAGAAUCCUGGGGAAAUACAGGGGAUCACAAGAAAGCCAUCAGUGUUAUUGAAGAAGCACUGCAGAUGAGCAGAAAGCUGCAUGGACAAAAUGCUGUACAUCCUCAUAUCGCUUGGUCAUUAAACAACCUAGCGGUAAGCUGGGAGGAAAUGGGGAAUCCCCGGAAGGCACGCAGUUACGCAGAAGACGCCUUGCAAAUGUUUAAGGCAAUUUAUGGUGAGACUGCAGCACAUCCUAAAAUUGCACGUUCACUCAUGAACCUUGGUUCAUCAUGGAGCAAGCUGGAUCCUAAACAAGCCAAUGUCUACUUCCGGCAGGGACUAGAUAUGACUAGGAAACUGUAUGGUGACGUGCAUCCUAGGACUGCAGAAGCACUUCACAGCCUUUCACUUAAUUUGUGGAUCUUGGGGGAACGCAGGAAAGCAGUGAGCAACUGCGAAGAGGCCCUGAGGAUACUUAAGACAAUUCACGGACCAAGCACAGCACAUCCCGAAGUUGCCGUCAUCCUCGUCAACCUGGGUACAUUCUGGUUUAAACUUGGCGGCUACGGGAAAGCGGUGGAACACUAUGAAGAUGCGCUGCAGAUGUACAAACGUAUGGACGGUGCAAGUAAACAAGAUCCUACAGUUGCAACGGUUCUCAGUAAUGCAGGACUAGCCUGUGCAGCUCUGAGGGAUUACAGAAAGGCACUGGACUACCAUGACCUCUCAUUGCAGAUGUUCCAGUCUUUGCACGGUACGGCACAUCCUGACAAUUCCCCCACACUUAACGGCAUUGGAACAGUCUGGCUUCGCCUUGGUGAGAAGAGAAAAGCCAUUGACUGCUUUGAGCGAGCCCUACAGAUGCAGAGAAAUGUGUACGGUGCGUGUGCAGAAAAUCCUAGUAUCGCUGCCUCACUCAGUAACCUGUCUGCAGCCUGGGCUGCCUUGGGUCAUGAUCGAAUAGCGAGAAUGUACAUGAACCAGGCCAGGAAGAUGAAUAAGAAACUUGCACGUCAGGAGUCCAAAUGACUACAGUCUGUCCUAAGCUGAGAUAGGACAGCGUUCAAUGUUUGCAUCACACAUAACGGAGUUUCAACAAAUACUCAUUUGACAAGCUGAUGAGAACAUGUUAGAUUCGCACCGUUGUCUUUUGUUCUACUACUACUUCUAGAAUUUAUUUGUCUAUUAGCCUGCAUAGUCUUGUCGUGACAUGAAACCGAAACAAACCGGCACUCUGUAGCCAUGGCGGUGCUUCUGCUG